AUGGCUGAUCAUGGUGAAGUUCGAGGUUUCAAGACGUACUCAACAGGAACUCAUAAAAUUAAUUUGAAAAUUGAAGAGAUGACGAAUAAUUAUUGGAUGUUUUUGGGAAUUAUAUCACAAGCUUCUCCUAUUCUCUCCACGACGUCGGGUCGAUUUGCUGGUUUUACGAUUCGUCAGACAAAUGUUUGGAUUGGAAUUCCUUAUGCUGCUUCACCUAUUGGGUUACGUCGUUGGCAAAAGGUUCAGCCAUAUGUUCUCAGUGCCAAGCUUAAAGAUACAGUGCAGAAUGCAACACAUUACGGUCCAUCAUGUCCUCAAAUUGAUCGAACAGGUAUGACUCCUGAACCAUUUGAUGAAGAUUGUUUAUAUCUAAAUAUUUGGGCACCACGAGAUCCACCUGUACAAUCGAUAGGAUAUCCUGUAAUGCUCUGGAUUCAUGGUGGAGGAUUUUUCGAAGGUAGUUCAUUACAAAUUAUCUAUGAUGGAUUAAGUUGGACUAACGCUGCUAUCCAAGCUAGCAAUUCAUUUAUUAUGGUCAGCAUUAAUUAUCGACUCAAAGUCAUGGGUUUCUUCGCUCAAUCGGCUUUAGUCGAUGAUCAUGGACAGACAAUUGCAAAUCAAGGUAUUAGUGAUCAACGUAUGGCCAUGCAAUGGGUUCGAAACGAUAUUCGACAAUUCGGAGGCAAUAGCGACUCAAUCACUCUCAUGGGUCAAUCAGCUGGAUCUCAUUCUGUUUGUACUCAUAUAGUAUCGCCAUUAUCAACCAAUUUGUUCCAUGCUGGCAUACUCGACAGUGGUACCUGUCAUACUCCUACUUAUUUACGUGAUAAGCAAUUUGCUCAUUCAACAGCAAACGAACUUGCUUUACUUGUUGAGUGUAAUAUGACUGAUUCGAAGCACUUACUAUUAAAUGCUGCUGUCAAUGUACCUAUUCCAUCAUCGACUUCACUAGCUUUUAAAGAUCAAACAAAGAUUGACGGGGUAUUUCCUUUUGAUCUCAUUGUUGAUGGAAUUGAAAUACCUGUUCAUCCAUUGCAAGCAUUUUUGUUGGGCAAUUUUAAUGACGUCCCUAUACUUAUAGGAGCGACUCAAGGCGAACUUCUUCUACGUUUUCUGUAUGAAAAGUAUUUUCAUGGACCGACUAGUGCCGAAGAUUAUUUAACUCGUGUUCUACCAAUAGCAACCUAUAAUCAAUCCGAAGUUCAAGCUUUAUAUGCGCUAGAUAAAUUCAAUGGUAACUACUCUGAAGCCUUCGUAGCUUUGAUGUCACAAGGACAUUUUCUUUGUGGUGCUCGUCUUAUGGCUGGAUAUACCAAGAGGCAACCAACAUAUCUCUAA